AUGAAUAAUGACGACCAUAAGAGCAAUGCUAUAAAAGUCCAGAAAUCAAACAAGAAAAAUGUUAUUUGUGUAGUGGAGAAACCAAAGAAUAUCAAGAUUCCAUGCGACUGUGCCACUGUGCCACUGUUGGAAACGUCAAAAGGCACCCAAUCCCUAAUUGACGCGAUGCAAUCCUCAUCGAGUCAUUCUCAACUAAGCGGAUUAGCCAAUCACAGCAACAACUAUGGCACCCUUGUGGAUGAUGAUAACUGCCUGGAGAGCUUGCCCGAAGAUGAUUGUGUUCUGAUUAAUGGAAUCCUCGAACGCGGUACUUACAAUUUGUUGCCUAGUAUGAAUAUUCAACUUUGCAAUUGCUUAAAUUCCGAGAGAUUAAUGAAUGAAAAAGCAGGCGUUGUUGCAGGGUUUGAAAUAUGGCCUUUGCUUCUUGUUACGGGUUUGUUUACCGGCUUGAUGGGAUACGUUAUUGCAGUCACCGAUCCUUUACUUUUUGAUCUCAAAGGAGGAUAUUGUCAAAAAUGUAUGUCGUGGAUACAAUGGUCCGACGCUUUUCAUAUAUCUGGCCUUCGCAGUCGCACACUCUUCAACUGGGUUUCCUGGACAUUGCUUGGUGCUAUGUUGGCAACCAAUUCGGUCAUGGUCACUUUGUCAAGACAUUCUAAGAACAAUGGCGUAUGCAGUGGUGUGGCCGAACUAAAAUUGCGUUCCAAAGGAAUUCGACUACCAAACUACUUUGAUCUCUCUACAAUCUUAUGCAAAAUCAUUGGAAUUAUAUUUAGUGCUUCCUCUGGUCUCUGUCUGGGUAAGGAAGGCCCCUACGUACAUAUUGCAGCUGGUAUCGGCAGUAUUGUUGGCGAUCUAUUCCACUUGUGUCGCUCGCAAUGUGAACUGUUGUACAAAGCUGGUGCUGCAGCGGGCUUCUCUGUUGCAUUCGGUGCACCGAUUUCAGGGUUAAUAUUUGUCAUUGAAGAGUUAUCGUCCCUCGGAUUCUCACCAGGGAAGUUGACUCCAACCCUCUUUUGUUGCAUAACCGCAACAGCAUUCCUUAAGUAUUUGGACCCUUAUGGUACGAAGACAAUCGUCAUGUUUCACGUUCAUAAUAUGAUGAUGUGGAAGACUUUUGAAAUACCAAUCUAUACAGGCAUCGGGUUGAGCGGAGGUGUUUUGGGCGCUGUUUUUGUUAAAUCUGCGCGCUUUCGUUUACUGACCGUCCGGAAGAUCUCCAUCUUGUCCCGUAAUCCGAUGAUGGAAACUGCUGUACUAGCUAUGCUCACUGGGCUUUUAACCAGCGCGAAUCGUUAUACUAAAUUGAGCGUUGCAGAAACACUGGCAAAACUGACAACUCCGUGUCAACACUUCCACACAAACCAACAGCUUCAUGAUGACUGCCCAUCAUUAGAUGAGAUCCCAGCACACAUACGCUCCUUGACAAUCGCCUUUGUUAUUAAAGGUCUUUUCACUGUGCUUACAUUCGGACUGAAAGUUCCAGCUGGAAUAUAUGUGCCUACAAUGGUUCUCGGAGCUCUUUUCGGCAAGAUUGUUGGGCACAUAUUUCAAUUAUUUGUUGAUACCUUUUCCUCGAAGGGAUUUCCAAUCCUCGCCGCCCAAUGUGCGAAUGAGAUGGGCAGUCAUGGCUCAUCAUGCAUUAGUCCGGGUACUUAUGCAUUGAUUGGCGCUGGGUCUUUGAUGUGCGGUGUAACUCGACUUCCAGUUACGUUGGUUGUGGUUCUUGUUGAGAUUACCGGACGAUUUGAUUAUUUGGGCCCUUUCAUGCUGGCCAUUGUUCUAUCGAACUGGUCAGCACAGCUAGUGGAGCCGGACAGCAUAUAUGAUAUUGUCGCAUCGGCGAACGGAUAUCCCCUCCUAGAAGAAAAAGACGAGACAAUGCCCUCAAUUCGUCCGGGCGCCUUCUUUGUUUCAUAGGCCCCAGGUUCAACUUCAGAUCUCUCCCUCAUUCUUGAUAGUAAUUCUCUUGGGAAAUAAAAAGUGAGGAAGAAACAUCGAAUUGCAUAUCAUGCAAUUUGAAAAAAGAAACUGUUUGCUUUUGACUCAAAAUUCAUCAGAUUUUGAUUUAGAGGGGUUUUUCUACUGUAAGGAUCUGACUAAGAAACUGACUCAGGAAUGAUGGUGAAUAGAUAGAAAUUGACUAAGGAACUAGAAACUAAGGACUAGG